UCGAACGUAACUGCUUCUCAAACUAUUCCUUCCUCACAAGACAUUUUGAAUUUAAUUGCCUCAAAGUACUUAAAUAAUUUGAACCCAUCAACACCGGAAGAUUUUAAUGGUUUUGUACGGUAUAUGAAAGAGGUACGCGAGGUGAUUUUAGUGGAUUGUAAGCCAGGAAGCUUGAUAAUCACUGUGGAAUGUGGGUCUUUGAAGAUCCUUGAAGAACUUUGGCAAGACUAUUGUACACGCAAUCUAAGUCGAGUGGUGCAGCAAUACCUAGUGACCGAGGAUAUUCUAAAAGAACUUGGACUAACGGAGGUAAAACUGACUACGACCAUCGACGAAGAGGACUACAGAGCUUGUCUAAAGCAUUUUAAACGAGGUAAGUAUAAAAGUCUUCAACUAAACUAGUUCGGAUCCAGUUAAUUCAUCAAGGUUAAAGAGAAGCAAGCAAUUGAAGUAAGUCAAUAUAGCACACAUUCACAUUGGCUACAUUUUGCAAAAAAAAAAAAAAACUGGACAACGCCAGCUUCCUAAACAGUUUUUCUUCCAUGGCUCGACUAUGGGUGCUUUCGAUUGGGAAAGCUGGAUAAAUUUUAGAUUUUUAUACUACUGAAAAUCCGGAUUUCGGAUUUGCAAUUAAACGCAAAAUCCGAAAACGGAUUUCAACGCUGAGAUAUCUGUUUUUGUAUUUCCUUUUACCGUUCGAUUGGGAAACCCGUAAAAGGAUUUAAAAAACUGUCCUUAAGAAUAGCGGCCUUGCACGCGCACGCGUAAUUAACAAAGAGAAGACCACUGUUCACGAGAAUAGUUUUUCAAAUCCAUUUUCGGAUUUCCCAAUCAAACGGUGAGGAGGAAAUCCUGAUUUGGAUUUCUUAAUUGAAAUCCACUCUAAGGACGGGUUUCUCGGAGUUGAAAUCCGUUUUCGGCCAGUUUCGUUUGAUUGCAAAGUAGGAAAUCCGGAUUUCGAAAAUGUAAAUCCGGAUUUUGCGAUCAGAAAUUUGUUUUUUUGUUUCAUUAAGGACUAAAGCAAUCUAAGAUUGCAAUCUGAACGAUCCACCUCCGCACUUGGAUCGUUCUGAUUGGUAUCUCAAUCUGCUUUCAGAUCUUUGUUCCAUUAGCAAACUGCUUUUCGAUCCAAGAACGUGUUCGUUCAUUAAUAAACACAGCAGGUCAAGAUUUGUUCAGGCAACAGUUAUUUUUUACUCCUUCGUUGCUCUAAGCCGCUAAAGGAUUGUAGUAUAUUAAACUCAAGUUCCACUGUCACUCUAAAUCCGUUAGGAAGCGAAAACGCUUAGAUUUUCUCACCGUAACACUAUAUUGUCCAAUGUCUGUAAUUGUUUAGAGCGCGCUCCUCAGCGCUUGAGAAUUCGUAAUUGUCUUCGAUCUGAAUUUUCUUGAAUCAAAUUCCAGACAACUUAAGUUGACAAGUCCCAGUCUGAACCACCACUAGUUAAAGAACCCUAAUUUUCUUUCCGUUUCUCCACGAGAAAACGCUUAAUUUAGCAGAAAGAAGUAAAAAACGAUGCGUUGAAAUUGACAAAAAGAUCGGAGCGGCAGGCAGCUACUGAAUGGAUCAAUCUUAUUUCAGAUUUUUGUUCCGGCUAGCACGAGAGUCCAAACAAACAAUCCGAAAAAAGUUUGGCUAAAAGGAAUGCAACCUAUGUUGUAUGGUCCUGUAUCAACCACGUGAUAUCAGCUUUUUAUCGUUGCAAUGACAACCCAUCCGAUCGAGGUAUUUUUAACCAUUUGUGAUUUAGAGUGGUAAAGUUUUAAAAAAGCCUCUUUAAUAAGCGGUAUUCCGUACAAAAAGGUUCAUGAAUAACUUUCUUAAUUAAUCAAUGCUGGUGGCGACAUUUGCAGUAGGUUACUUAUAAUUUCCAUGUUUUUUUUGCUCUUUAUAUUCGUAGACUGUUUUUUUACACCCUGAUUUGUGUUAGUAGCUUCUACUUAAAAGCUUGUUGUCAACUUAACUAUCAACCACAUUUAUCAGCUUCUUACAGUCAAGCCACGUGAAGCUUACCCCACAAGAUUCCGUAAAUGAAUUUAUUAUUCGAAAGUUGAAUCCGUUGCUAGCUGUAGAUUUCUGAUUCAUUUCUGCACUCUUGCAUGCGUAAUUCCGUGAAUUCUCACGCGAGUCAUUAAAUUUCUACCAGCUCAGUUUCCAUGAAUUUGCAUAUGUAAAAGUCUUUGAAGAAAUUUUAUUCAUUCAAAGAUUUUCAAUCUGACCAUAUACACCAUUUUCUCAUAGACCAUAAUGCUCCUUGUGUACAGACACGCCCUCCUCCCCCCACCUCCAUCCCCUCCAUCUCCUCUAAAAAAAUUUGCAAAGCCAUUGUUUUGGAUUUCUCUUGGGACGACUGAAAUACCCAGGAUAAAUUGGAAACAAUGGUUAUGUAAAAUUUUGGUAGGAAAACAAGGUGCAUUAUGGUCUACGUGUAACUGGUGAAUUUUGGGAAGAAGUACUCGUAUAAUCACUGCUCAUUACGCAUGCAGGAAUGCCGAUUUGAAUUUGACACUAGUUACGGGAACGACUAACGGGUUUAGUUUUCAAAUAAUCAAUUCAUCAAUAGAAUCUUGGGGAAUAUAGUGCUAUCCUAAGAGAUGUACUUUAUUUUGUCUUAGUACAGUAUGUAGUCUUUGGUCCGCGACUAAAAAUUAUUAACAUGAAUAUCUUAGCCCUAACGAGCUGAAAUACUCCCUGAAGAUAGCUUUUAUGUUCCUGUCGAUAAUCCUGAAGUUUCAAGUUCCAGACAUAAAUAUUCUGCUUGGAAUUUAAAAAAAAGCCGACCGACUCCGAUGGUCCUUGGUCCGCGAGUGUGGUCCUUCUUCCGCGACUCAGGUAAGCAGCACGAAAAAAAACGUAAAAAUGUUAUAGUUUCCACACGAAAACGUGAUUUUCACAAUAUUUCAUGUAUUUUUUUCUAUUCUUGAUGCUAUUAAGUUUUUUACGGAAGAUGUUGUGAGUAUAAAAUAAUCUGCUUUUCUUUCAAAGCUUCAGACAACAGUCUCCCCGAGUCUCCCACACGAGCGUCGACGAGCGGUUUUCAGCGCGGUCGAAAAUAAUUACUAAAAACUCUGUAUGUAUUCGAGGUAUUAAAAAAAGAGAACUCGUAGACAUGUAUCAGUAGGGACGAUUUUCAAAACAUUCUUUGAAAACAAAGGCCGUCGCUUUUUAUUUUGGGAAGUUUUUUUCAACCAAGGUCAUAGGUCGCGGACCAAGGACCAUAAGCGAAAUUUGGUGAUAUUUAUCAAGAGUCGAUAAAACAAAAACUCAAAGUCUGCUGCAAUAUGCUUCCAACAGCAGAAAUAGGUUGAUCUGAAAACCUGUUCUGCAAAAAGGCACUUCUUCCCGUUGCGUUUUAUUUAUUCGCAGGCUAAGUAAACAUGACCAUGCAAUUUACAGUGCCGCAAAAGUCCAAACUUCAAGAAAGACAAAUUAACCUACCUGUCAAAAAACUUUAAUUUCGCGUCUUCACCCACAGCAAGAAAGCCGAAACGUCGUCAUAUGAAAGAAUGCUAAUCAGUAAAUCACGAUAUCUUUCAUUAUUCAACGUAUUUUUUUUUCUCGACAAAAUAUUUUAUCAUUUUCCGAAAAGUCGCGGACCAAGAACCACAUACUGUACCCGUAUAUAUUACAUACUGUUUUUUUUCUUCUACUUUUGGCAACGAGAGUCAGUUUUCCGUUGUUGUUGUUUUUGUUGUUGUUUUUUUUCAUUUCUUUUUAUCUCGAGGAAAUCUAAGACGUGACGUUGCCAUGGUAAACGAUCCUUUUGCGUAUCUUCUCUUUUUUCGUCGGUGGAGAUCCCAAAUUCGUUAUUAUUCUCAGAAAGAUAACGCACGAAAGUAAUAAUAAUAAUAAUGAUAACAGUAAUAAUAAUUUAACGUUAUUUAAGUGUCGGGUACUUUUUCUCGACGAAAAAUAAACAGGUUUACCAGCACAUUAAUAGCCUCUUCUUAAAAAAAUAACACUGUGUCAUACUCAUAAUUCCCGAUUUAUUUCGUUCGUGAAUCUGUCUGAAAAGGGUAACGAUUACCUUUUACAAAAGCCCCGUCAAGAGAGAAUGAAUGUUUUAUAUCACAUAUGCUAGUUUCUAAAAUCAGCUGUAACGUGGGAGUUCUAGUUUCGGAACUCUCCCUAGUUGGUGGAAACACUUACAAGUGAAGUUAAUUUUUUUCCUUCCAACGCUUUCAGAAGGACCCAAGGCAAAAACACCAGCACUAACGGAAGGACAUCAAGGGUACUCCGGGGACAGUAGGGGAACCGGGAAGGACGGGGAUUUCCAAGCAAGGUCAAUGCACCGCCGACACGUCCGUCUAUAUGGUGGUAUGCAAAUCUUUGUAAAGAUGCUUACUGGACGAACAUUUACUUUAGAAGUCAAACCAAAUGACACUAUUGAGAUUUUAAAGAGAAAAAUUCACAACAUGUGUCAAAUUCCGCCAGAGGAUCAACGUCUUAUUUUUGCUGGAAAGCAAUUGGACGAUGGACGGACUUUGAGCGACUACAACAUACAGGGAGAAUCAACACUGCACAUGAUUAAGAGACUUCGUGGUGGUCUCAUGCGCAUUUUUGUCAAGACUCCAACUGGAAAAACACUUAAUAUACCUAUUGACAAUGAACAUGUACGUACUAUUGAAUAUGUAAAGACUAAAAUCCAAGAUGAAGAGGGAAUUCCUCCUGACCAACAACAUGUCCUUUUUGCUGGCAUGCAGUUGGAAGAUGGCCGCACCUUGAGCUCCUACAACAUC